UAAGAACCCAGAUUUCGAAUUCCUCCUCCUGUGCUCCCUCUCCCCCGUCCCCUCCUCUCGCCGGCGCGAUCCCUCCCCGAGGUUCCACGCUCCUCGUCGACGCCGCUGUUCCAGCAGAUCCCAAGGGGGCACUUCCUUUUCGUCCGAUCCGUCCCCGUCCCGAUCCUCCCUGGGGAUGGCCACCUUCGAGCUGUACCGGAGGUCCACCAUCGGCACCUGCCUCACCGAGACGCUUGACGAGCUCGUAUCCAGCGGGGCCGUCAGCCCCGAGCUCGCCAUUCAAGUCCUUGUGCAGUUUGACAAGUCCAUGACUGACGCGCUGGAGAGUCAGGUCAAGAGCAAGGUUAACAUCAAGGGCCAUCUGCACACCUACAGGUUCUGCGACAAUGUCUGGACCUUCAUUCUAACAGAUGCAACCUUCAAGAGCGAGGAGAUUUCAGAAACACUGAGCAAGGUGAAGAUCGUGGCCUGCGAUUCUAAGUUGCUGCAGCCUCAUCAACCAUAAAUUGACAGUAGGCAUGUCGAUUGAUCACCAUCCAGUUUAGCUGAAUUCAUACAACUGCUGGCAUCGUCCAGUUUAGCUCAGCAUCCUGGUGCCACCCAAACUUUCCUAGUUCAUGUGAAUUUGCCCUUUCUGAAAGUUGUUUCUGUGAAUCUAAACAAUCGCCGUGGCACUAGACUAGAGUACCAUGGCUGCCAACUUGUUAUCCUUACUGCAUAUAAAUAUGGUUUCGCUUGUUUUUGUUGAUAA